AUGAAGGUUCCGCGCAGGCCGCCGCAUCCGCUCCUCGGGCGCCCCGGGGAGCCGCGACAGCGUCGGACGCGGCACAUCACGUUCGACGACCAGCGCCCGGGAUGGGACGACACGACGUCGGACCUGAAGAAGUGGAAGCUCUCGAGCGACGAGGUCGAGGCGAAGAAAGCGCUGCACCAGAGCAAGAACCUCGUCCGCGGCGGCGUCGACGCGCGCGGGUCGUUCACCGUCCGCCCGGGGCGUCGCCCCCUGAGCGCGAACCAGCGCGUAUUCGACCGCAGCCGGAGCCGCUCGACGUCGCCGUCCAAGCGCGGCGGCGCGCGCGACGCGGCGUCGUCCCCGGCGCGCGUGCGCGGGCGGAACGGCGACGCCGGCGGCGCGGGCCUCGGCCCCGUGCGGUUCGAGCCGCGGAGGCGCGCGAAGGAUGACGACGACGAAUCCAAGCCGCCGUCGCGGCGACGCGACGAGAACGGCCGCCCGGUGGAACCCCGCCGCCCGACGCCGCUGGAUCACGAGCACGAGACGAGCGCGGGGCCGCGACGGAUGACGGAACCGCCGGCUCUGCACAACCCGCGCGCGGGCGUCGCGUUCGCGGAGGCGCCGCGCCCGAAGUCGCCGGCGGCGCAGGGCGCGCGGAAAUCGAAAGCCGUCGGACGCGCGAAGGUGAGACCGAACCGAGACCACGUCCCACGUCAACCGCACGUUUUGACACGCGGGAACGGUAUCAACCAAUCACACGCAUUCAUAACUGACACGUGGAUUCCCUCGACCAAUCAGGAGCGGCUCGGAUUCGUCGCGACGCGCGCGCCCGAGUUUGGCGCGGGCCCGCCCAACGGCGGCGGCGCGGCGGCGCGCGCCCGGAAAAUCCCGAGCGGCCCCACCGUGGACUUCGACCGCGAGUACGAGCAGUUCAAGAUGAAGAAGCUCAAGGCGAAGCUCCUCGGCGGCGGCCCCGGGACGGAGAGCGUCAUCUCGACGGAGGUGACGGAGGAGGAGGAGACGUUACUGCGGGAGGCGUUCGAGGACGAGCUCGCGACGAGCGAAGACGAACCGGACUACGACGUCCUCGGGGACGAGAAGGAUUUCGAUCUCGACGACGACGUCAGCGACGGGGAUUUCUCGGAGGAUGAGGAUGAUGCGGUGGCGGAGAAGGGGAGGCGCGCGGCGCUGGCGAAGCCGUCGCCCGCGAAGGCGAAGGCGUCGGAGGCGUCGAAAGACAAAAAUAAAAGUAAAACCGACGGCGUCGCCGCGCAGCAGAGCGCGCUUCUGAAGCAACACGAGCGCGUCAAGCGGAGCUUCGGCAUCGCCACGGAAGGCGGCGGGUUCGGCGGGUUCGACGCGAAGCCGCCGCCGGCGGUCGUGCGGCCGGUUCGAACCUGGACCGAGGAGGCGUCGAGCGGGAGCGGCGACGAGAGCGACGGCAGCGUCGACGCCGCGCGCGUGUCUCCGGCGCCGUCGCCGCGCGCGCCCCGCGACGACGACGACGACGACGACGAAGAAGCGAAAGAAGAGAAAGAUGAUGAUCCUUACGGGUUCGACGCGUUGGCGGACGGGCGCCACCCCGCGAGGACGGCGUUCUUCAACGCGCUGAAGCGCGAGAAGGACGAGCUCCUGGAGUACUUUGACCGCGAGGGCGCCGCCGCGAAGGAGAUCGAGGAGGCGGCGGCGGCGGCGUUGGCGUCCUGGAGGAGGUUGGGCUUGUCCUGCUGCGGCGCGCGGACGGCCGCCGCCGCGAAGGGGGGGCCCCUGAGCGCGGAAGACCAGGACGAGAUCCGCCGAAUGUUCCCGACGCCUUCGGACCCGCCCGAGGUGGUCCCUCCGCCGAUGGCUUCCGCCGCGCCGGCGGCUGCGCCAAAUCCGGCGCACCCGGGAAACGCGCGCUUCUUCGAGCCGCCGCACGACCCGCCGCCGCCGCCGGAAACGCUCUGGCCGCUGCCGUACGACGCGGACGUCCCGAGACGCGUCGCGAAGGAUUCGACGUUCCCCGCGGACACGAUCCCGCCGCCGCGGGAGGAGCGCGCGUUGCCUUCGUACGCGGAUAUGCGUCGACGACGGCGGCUGAACCCGGCGCCGGCGCCGGCGGCGGCCGCCGCGGCUUCCACCGACGCGGGCGAACCGGGGAGUCACCUGCACAAGUUCAAGAUGGGCGAGCUCGGACCGGAUACGGAGACGUCGCGCGAGCUCCGCGCGCUGUCGCUUCUCAGGGACGAGCUCUGGGAGAAGGUGGAGCGAACGCGUCUCUACGACGGCGACGACGAAGUCCUUAAGGAACGGCGUUCACCACGCGAACGCGGUCGUAUGGGAAGCAGACUCACCGACGACGGCGGCGAGACGCGGAAGCUCGCCGCGGAGACGCGCCUUCGCGCCGACUCCGCGACGCGCGCCGCCGCCGCCGCGCCGCCGCCGCCGCCGCCGCCGCCGCCGACCGCGACCGCCCGCGACCGCGACCGCGACCGCGACCGCGACGCUAAGGCCAAGGCGGCGCUCUUCGACGCGCGCGUCAAGGCUGCGGAGAAGGGCGUCGACGACGCCUUUGUCGGGGAGGCGUGGAACGCGGAGGCGAAGCGCAUCCGAGCGCGGGAGGAGGCGGAGAAGAGGGAGAGGGCCAAGGCGAGGAAAGCCGCGGCGGCGGCGGCGGCGGCGGUGCCUCGCCGCGGGGACGGCGCGCCGAGGGAGCGGACGGUGAAGACGGGGAGGGUUGGGGAGCUGGGGUUCAGGGCGUUCACGGGGGGGGCGACGCGCUGA